AAAAUUAGAGCUUAACGUCACCAUCUGAUAAAACAUGUACUAUUUAAAACGUGAUAAAAAAGAUGAAGAACUGGGCCAUGGAUUUAAUAUGUUCCACAAUCUGGAUAAAACUAUGGUUUUACAAGAAGCAAGAAUGUUUAAUGAAACGCCAGUUAAUGCUAAAAAAUGUGCAUUAGUAUUGACAAAAAUCUUAUAUAUAGUCAAUCAAAGUGAGCCAAUUGGUAUUCGUGAAGCAACUGAAUGUUUUUUUGCAACAACAAAACUAUUUCAAUCAAAAGAACCACUAUUAAGAAGAAUGGUAUAUUUAGUUAUUAAAGAUUUGGCCCCACUAGCACAAGAUGUGAUUAUAGUUACUAGCAGCUUGACUAAAGACAUGACUGGAAGGGAAGAUUUAUAUAGAGGACCAGCUAUCAGGACAUUAUGCUCAAUUACUGACCAUACUAUGAUGCAAGCCAUUGAACGCUACAUGAAACAGGCAAUAGUUGACAAAAAUCACAGUGUUGCAAGUGCUGCACUUACUUCAUCAAUGCAUCUAUGCAAACAUCAAGGCCUUGAAAUUGUUAAAAGAUGGGUUAACGAGAUUCAGGAAGCAAUCAAUUCUGACAAUGUUAUGGUUCAAUAUCUAGCUUUAGGACUCUUAUAUCAAGUUAAGAAAUCCGAUAGACUUGCUAUAUCCAAACUCUUUUCAAAGUUUUGCAAAGGUAGCUUGAGAUCCCCAUAUGCGUACAUUUUGCUUAUUAGGAUAACCUGCCAAUUGAUCGCCGAGGAUGAAUACAAUAACGCGAACUCGUCCGGCCCCUAUUUCGACUUUCUCGAGAGCUGCUUGCGUCACAAAAGCGAGGCCGUCGUGUUCGAAGCCGCCUCCGCCCUCAUCUCUGUCCCUUCGCGUAAAGACAGGAGCGCCCCAGCGGUGGCUGUGCUACAGCUUUUUUGCGGAUCCGGAAACGCGGCCACCAGAUUCGCAGCCGUCAAGGCGCUUAACGCAGUAGCCAUGAAAAAACCAUCCCUCCUAUCUUCCUGCAAUGCGGAAUUAGAAUCUAUGAUAACGGAUUCUAAUCGCACCGUUUCUACCUUGGCCAUAACCACUCUGCUCAAGAUAGGCAGCGAAUCAUGUAUAGACAGGCUCAUGAAACAGAUCUCCACUUACAUCAGUGAGAUUAGCGACCCAUUUAAAAUAACCAUAGUCGAGGCUAUACGGUCCUUGUGCUUGAAAUUUCCCCGUAAGCAUUCAAUCAUGAUGAACUUCCUAAGCUCAAUGCUAAGGGACGAAGGUGGUUACGAAUAUAAAAGGGCGAUAGUUAAUACUAUCAUCGCGAUCAUUCAAGAAAUACCAGAGGCCAAAGAAACAGGUCUAGCCCAUCUGUGCGAAUUCAUAGAGGAUUGUGAGCAUUCGGUUCUAGCCGUUAAAAUCCUGCACUUACUUGGGAAAGAAGGAUGCAAAACGCCCCAACCAACCAAAUACAUCCGAUACAUUUACAAUAGAGUUAUAUUGGAGGCUCCCGCUGUUAGAGCCGCCGCCGUAAGUGCCUUGGCCAAGUUCGCCCUCUACUGUGAAGAUCUAAGGGGCAGUGUCAAAGUGUUACUCGAGAGGUGCCUGAUGGACCAGGACGACGAGGUCAGGGAUAGGGCUACCUACUAUUUAAGGCUACUGGAUACCUUGGAUGGCGGAGGUGAGGACAAUGUCCAAGGGGUAGAGAAUAGCAAUCGCGUGAAAAGGAUACAUUCUUACAUCGAUAAUGAAACCCACAUUUCGGCCGCGUGUUUAGAGAAAAGUUUGUUACACUAUUUAUCCGAUGACCAUUCAAAGAUCGAACCCUUCGACUUUGACAGCGUUCCUAUCGAAGCCGAGGAGAUAAUUCCGGCGGCUAGUAUGGGCGAUGAUGAGAUGGUCAAGUUCAAAAGGUCUAGAGGCGCCGAAACUGAAGGAACUUUUGGAGAAGAUAUGGCUCAGAGCGGAGAAGCCUUUGGAACUGGUCGAUCAAGCGCGAAAGAGGAUGCCGUAUCACGAGAAAGUUUAUAUAUGGAACAACUAUCCAAAAUAGCAGCAUUUUCAACACUGGGCCCGUUAUUCAAAUCCUGCCAGCCCGUGUAUUUGACGGAAGAAGAGACGGAAUACGUAGUUAAAUGUACCAAACAUAUGUUUACCCAUUACGUCGUUUUUCAGUUCGAUAUAAACAACACCUUAACGGACCAAGUUCUCGAAUCCGCUUCCAUAGAAAUGGUUCCUGGGCAAGAGCAGUUCGAAGUUAUAAAACGAAUACCCGCCAAAAAAAUUUUGCCAGCCGGGUUUUCUGAUACCCUCAAAACUCCUUACAGCGGGAAGGUUGGACAUAAAGUCGUAGGGGAUAUCGCCGAAGCUGAAGAACGCGAAGGAUUAGAAACAUCAUAUUCCUGCGUGAGAAUGCCCAAAGAAGAGAUCUUAGUGACCUGUACUUUCAAUAACAUCAUGAAAUUCAAAGUGAAGGAGUACGACGCCAGCACUGGUGAAAUAUCUGAAACCGCCUACGAAGAUGAAUAUACUUUGGAAGAUAUAGAACUUAAUGUGUGUGACAGUAUGAAGGCUAUUACCAAGCAUAACUUUUCCGUGUCAUGGGAAGAAUUGGGACCGGAAAAUGAACUCGAAGAUAGUUUCGUGCUAUCCAACGUUAAAACCUUACAUGAUGCUAUCAUCAAGCUCAUUCAGUACUUGGGCAUGUCACCUUGCGAUAGUUCCGACAAAGUAUCCGAAUCCAAAAAUCUUCACACUCUCUACCUAUCGGGCAUAUACAGAGGCAAUCACGAUAUAUUAGCUAGGAUAAAAAUUGUAGCCAUGCCGGAGACUGGUGUGACAAUCAACAUGCUCGUAAGAAGUUCCGAUCCUUCCGCCAGCGAAGUAUUAAUUACAGCUAUGGGAUAGAAAAUAGAGAGAAAACCCAUUUAUUUAUUAAAGUUAUAAAUUUAAAAUAAUGUGACUUUUAUUAUUUAUUUGAUUAUUAUCAUUACUUAAUUAUUUUGUUUUCCCUAAAAUGUUUAUGAAUUUAUUUAUACUAUUUUAUAAAUUUUUGCAUAAUUUUCUUUAACGA